GCAUCGCCGUAUCACUACGCCCGGUCCCUUCUCCGGGAUCCUGAAACACGGAUUGGGAGAGGAGAUACCCUAUGGUUCCUUGCGGGAUUAUCUAUCAGCGCAAUUUCUUCUCGUGUUUUUGUCUUUUAAUGACCAUUCGUAUCGGAAGGGCUUCAACUUGUCCGGACGGUCCCCACUUGCAAGGGAGAGGAGGAGUGGAUUCCGAGUUGGGAAGAUGUGGCGCCCUCAACGGGCCACGGCACCAUGGGAGAGCAGCGCGUCCGCUGAACACACAUCUGCUUUGACUUGAACCGACCUCGGGAAAUUGAAAGACUUACGGUCCCAUCGGCCAAGCGGUGCUGGUUUUCUCACCUCGUCGCUGGGUCUCAUGGAGAGCAGUUUGGGAUCUUUUUCUCGGAACCUAGCCUAGUUUCAACCAACCCCGCCGCGCGCGUUUGUUUCGGGCGGCUUCCGUCUCUGAACGCCCACGGGACAAGCCUCCCCCUCCCUGGAUAUACAUAUAACAUGGUCGCCUUGGAUGUAACGCCUUGAUACUCUGCCGUUUGGUUUCGCGACAGUGUGGAGGUAACUGCUCUGGAGUUCUGCUGAGGGUCUUUGGAGUUCUACCAGCGACCCCCCCUCCCCCUCGCCGGGCCACGCCCCGCCGCCCAGGAAGGCCUUGUUGUUGUUGCUGUUGUUGUUGUCGUUGUUGUUGUUAUUGUUGUUCUCGGCGACUCCCUUCCGAAAGGGACAUGGAUGGCCCUCGCUCCGGCAGCGCCCUGCGCAAAAAGCGGAAGACUCGGGCGGCGCGCGACAAGGUGCGCGGGCCGGGGCGGAUGCCCAACGGGCACGCCAAGUCGUCGGCGGCGGCAACAGCCACGGCGGCGGCCACGGCGGCGGUGUUUGCGAAGGCGGGGGCGACGAUGGUGCGCUUCUCCUCGGAUUCGGAGCGGGAGGGGGGCCUGGGCCCCGCGGUGCCGUCCGCCCGCCCCCGCCCCCCGCCGCGCAGGAAGCGCAAAGAGUCCACCUCGGACGAGGAGGACAUCAUCGACGGCUUCUGCAUCUCGGGGUUCAUCUCGCUGGAAGCGCUGGAGAAGGACGAGAGCGGGAAGCCCCAGGAUCGCACGGAGGAUGACCACAACAACCUUGCAGUUCCCCUGCACAAGAAGAAGGUGGCCAGGGUCCCUAACGGCUUGACCCUGGAUCCCUGUAAGAACAACCACCACCACACUCACCAGUACCACAACCACAACCACAACCGCCACAACCACAACCACCUGCCCUCGGACCAGGAGAACAACAACCCCCGCCUGACUCACACGGCAGGCAAGAGGAAGAAGAAACACCUCCACAAGAAACACACCGCGCUGAGACAUGGGCAGAACAACUGCAAGGACAGCGACAGCGGGAGUGUGAGCGGUGAGUCGAAACCGUCCAUCCGGAGCAGCUCCAGGGACAGACUGACAGACUGUGACAGUGAGAGCGACCAAGAAGACAAGGUUUCCGAUGCCGGUUCGGAGAAAUUUUUCAGUACAGCUGCAGUCAAAGUUCCAGAGUUCGGCGUUGAUGUGCCCUCCACCAAUGGCAGCCAGGAGCCCCAGGGGCCGGCCCCACUCAAGGUGUCAGGCCUAGAGCGCAGUCAGGAGCGCAGCCAGGACAGCUGCAGGGAGCCCCCGGCCCUCCCGCCCACAAGCGCCACCGCCAAGCCCACCCCUCCAACCCCACUCCCACCCCCACCUCCGCCACUGCCCCCGCCGCCGCCGCCGCCGCCUAGGCUCCCCGUGGCCACGCCCACUCACUCCCACCCCCACCCUCCGCUGCCACCGAGCCAGCCGCCCCCCUCGCCCAGGCACGCACACGGCCACGCCCACCCCAAAGCCCAGCCCCACCCCCACAACCACUCCCACACCAACGGCCGCGUCCAGCCCCAGAGCUCCGCCUACUUGCCCCCGCGCUCAGAGGCUCCCCCAAAGCCUCAGACGCCCGCAGCCCUGCCUCUCGCCCAGGGUCCAGAGCCCUCGCUGGCCCCCCGGCCCCGGCUCCAGCACCAGCACCAGGCGGACCCCCUCCUGCAUCACCCCAGGCCGCCGCCCACGCCCAGCCUGCAUCACCCCCAACCGCCGUCGCCCGCCCUCCCCGGGCACCAUCACCACCCCCACCCCCACCACCCCCACCACCCCCACCACCCCCACCACCACCCCCACCAGCAGCAGCAGCAGCAGCAGCAGCAGCAGCAGCAGCAGCACCCCAGCCAGGCGGGACCCCACCGCCCCCCCUCACGCUGCCACCCCAGGCCCCUGUCAGCCUACAACGGCCACAGCCUGAACGGACACAGCAGCAGCCGGAGCAGCACACCGGGCUCCAAGAUCCACGGGGCCCCGCCCACCGCCGCCGGCCCCCUCCACCUGCCCCACCCCUCGCCGCCUCCCAGCGCAGCAGCAGCAGCAGCAGCGGCCUCCUCCGCGUCCUCCUCCCCCUUCCCGCUGCCCCUGGCGGCCCACCAGGGCGCCCCCCCCCACGGCUUCCCCCAGGCCCUGCAGUCCUCGCCGCUCCCACACCACCCCAAUAUGUUUGCACCUCCAGCUGCCUUGCCUCCACCACCGCCACUGACGUCUAGCGCCCUGCCCGUCGCCGGACAACCCCCCGCUGGGAGCCCCUACUCAGAACAAGACCUCCUACGGCAGGAGCUCAACACGCGCUUCCUGGCGUCGCAGAGUGCCGACCGCGGGGCCUCGCUGGGGCCGCCGCCCUACCUGCGCACCGAGUUCCACCAGCACCAGCACCAGCACCAGCACCAGCACACACACCAGCACACCCACCAGCACACCUUCACGCCCUUCCCGCCGCACGGCAUCAUGCCCACGCCAGCACCGCCCAUGGUGCGUACCCCCACCAGAAACUUUGAAAAAUUCCCAACGAAGGUGGACCCCUUUUACAGACACAGCCUGUUCCACUCCUACCCUCCGGCCAUGUCUGGCCUCCCCCCGGUCAUCCCUCCCACCGGCCCCUUCGGCUCACUGCAAGGAGCCUUCCAGCCCAAGACCUCCAACCCCCUGGACGUGUCCAACCGGCCCGGAGCCGUACCCCACACACUCCUACAGAAGGACCCCAGGCUAACGGAUCCAUUUCGACCUAUCCUCAGGAAACCAGGGAAGUGGUGCGCCAUGCACGUCCACAUCGCGUGGCAGAUCUACCACCAUCAACAGAAAGUGAAGCAGAUGCAGGUCGACCCUCAUAAGCUGGACUUUGGCCUCAAACCCGAGUUCCUGGGUCGGCCACCGGGCCCCAAUCUCUUCGGGGCCAUCCACCACCCCCACGACCUGGCCCGCCCCGCCACGCUCUUCUCAGCCGCAGGCCCCCCACACCCGGCAGCGGGCCCCUUUGGCCACCCUCCCCACCACCCCGGAAACUUCCUCAGCCCCGCCUCUCACCUCGAGCCUUUCAGCCGGCCUCCUUCAUUCGGGGGACUGGGCACGCUCAGCUCCUCAGCCUUCGGCGGUCUGGGAAACCCAGCACUGAAAUCCCUCACGGCGCCCAACUCCAUGUUCGGCCAUAAGGACGGCCCCGCCGGCCCGCCGCAGCACUUCAACCCCAACGGGCCCAGCGGCGGCCAGCAGGAGCCCUGGAACCGACUGCACCGCACGCCGCCCUCCUUCCCCACGCCGCCGCCCUGGCUCAAGCCCGGCGAGUCGGAGAGGAGCGCCUCCGCCAGCUCCCACGAGAGGGACCGGGACUCGGACAAGCGCGCCCCGUCGGCCAGCAAGGACGACAAGGAGCCCAGGGAGUCCACGGAGAAGCGUCACUCCAGCCACCCCUCCCCGGUGGCCGUCAGGUCCCCCGUGGGCUCACUGGGCCACGGCCGGGCCCCUGAGCAGCACCACAGGAACCACCUGCUCCCCGGGGAGCCCCCGCGGGACAAGGACCUCAAGGCCCCCAAGGAGAAGGAGCGGGAGCACGCCGACGUGUGGAAGGAGAGCCACGGCGAGGAGCACAAGCUGAAGGAGAGCCAGCACGGCGGCGACAAGGAGGCGCCGGUCAUCCACGACGGGAGGCUGUCGGAGAACAAGACCCCCAGCCGGGCCACCCCGUCCCCCUACGUGCGUCAGGCCAGCCUGGAGCGGCCCCUGAACGGCAGCCUGGGCCGGGACGUCCUGGAGAGGAAGGGCGAGCCGGUCUACGAGCACCAGAAGAAGAACAGCGAGGUGAAGGUGAAGGAGGAGCGCAAGGAGGAGCCCGAGGCCCCGGCCACCGACCGGGGGAACGGGCCCCCGGUCCAGGCGCCACCGCCGCCGCCGCCGCCACCGCCACCGCCCGCUCCCACCCACCAUCCGCCUCCCGUCUCCAUGGGGAUCCCCAUGGGCAUGGCCGGCGUGCACCCCAUGAACAGCAUCGCCAGCCUGGACAGAACUCGCAUGGUGGCGCCCUUCAUGGGCAUCAGCCCCAUACCGGGCGCCGAGAGGUUCCCCUACCCGGCCUUCCACUGGGACCCCAUGCGGGACCCCUACAGGGGCCUGGACAUCCACAGGCGGGACCACCUGGCCCGGGACCUGCUGAUGAGGAACGACCCGCUGCACCGGCUGGCGGGGCCCCGCCUCUACGAGGCCGAGCGCUCGUACCGGGACCGGGAGCCCCACGACUUUAACCGGGAGCACCAGCAGUCCACCAUGCACGCCCUGGCCCUGGAGCAGCGGCGGGAACAGGAGCGCGCCCACAUGGAGGAGCGCGAGCGCCUGCACAUGCUCAGAGAGGACUACGAGCACGGGCGCCUGCACGCCGCCAUGCACCACCAGGUGAUGGACGGGCACCUCCCCCACGGGGGGCCGGGGCUCCUCGCCCCCGGGCUACCCAGCAUGCACUACCCCAGGGUCAACCCCUCGGCGGCUGCUGCUGCGGUGGCGGCCGCUGCCGCCGCCGCCGCGCAUCAGAACAGCAUGAUGAACAAAACGCCGCCCACCGCCUCUCUCAGCGCCCCCCCGCCUCUCAUCCCCACGCUCGGCACGCGAGUGGGCUCCCCCAGACGGACUACGCCCCUGGCCACUGACAUCAGAGACAGACCCUCCUCGCACAACCACAAAGACAUUGAGGCGCGCUGAGCAGAUGGGACCCUCUCUCUCUCUCCCGCCACAGACUUGAAGGCGUGUGGAGCGCCGCCGCAGCCUUGUGUCCCAAACGCAUUGAACUCACACCAAGCACUUAGCCUUGGGCGAACCACGACUGUACCAUAUCUGUGAAUAACUUAUGUAGGCAGAGUCAUGCCUAGUAAAAAUCAUUGUUUUGGGUUGUUUUGUAUAAAAAACACAAACAAGGGACAAAAUCUUAUAACAACAACGAAAAAAACUUUUUUCAGGGUGGCUUUUUUGGCUUUUGUUUGCCCAGUUUUGUCUAGUGUUCUGUGUGCAUUGGUUCUCUCAAAGAGUUGGGGUUAUAUGAUGGAGGCUGUGUCCACCGAUCCUCCACGCUGGAAUGUGAAGGUACUUGGAAGGAGUGGGAGACAGAAGCAUGUAGAUACAUGUACAGUCAAUGUGCUCCCCUCUGUAUGGAUUACAACCGAGGUACAAAAUAUGCAACGGGGAGUUUUUGGAAAGCUUUACUUUAAUUGUACAUAGAGGAGUAUAGUUUGGAGAAUCAGAAUGUGCUGUUUUGCAGACAGAUAUUUUUGUUUUCGUUUUUGGUUCGGUUGACAAACUAAUUGACAUUGUACCAUACGACAUACCCACACCCGCCUCCCUUAUCCCUGCCUUCAACUAUGCAACACACAUCUGGGCUCCCUCUCUGAAAGCUGGCCUUCUCCACACAUCUGUACACACCGUGUAAUGACCGAGGCAUAAACUGCAUUCUCUCCCCAAUUCAAAAGACCCAUAUGUGGAGAUCUUAUGAGUAAGGACAAGCUUUAUCCGAGCCGUGUGGGCUCUGUAUUAAACACAUCUUCUGAUGAAUCGCAUAUCGAUGUAUUUCCAACAGUACAUGCGACGUAAAAAGCGAAAAUGCAAAAGUGUAAUUCUUCGAUAUAAAAAUUUUAUCUCGCAAGUCUAAUUCUGGAGAGAAUGAGCAGUCAACAAUACAGAAAGAGCAUACCGCUAGCCCUAAUUGAAGGAAUGUAAAGUACGUGUUUUCUCUGAGAAAAUUGUUGGUUCAUGGGCAGUGUAUUAUUAAAAGUGCUCCACACCUUUAAGUUGUUGUACGUACUAAUUGAAAAGACAAAAAAAGGCAGUUUGUUUUCCGAUGAGCAGCAGAGAUCUAUUUUUAGUAGUUCACUGGAGGUUUAGUUUUGCGCUUCAAACUCUGUGAGACCAUGUUGUGCAGUGAAGUUUUUUCUUUUUCAAUCCAACAUUCAAAAUGUCCAUCAGAGCCAUAGUGGUUUUAGUCAACGCGUAUUGCAAAAAAAGAUUGUUAAAUAAGAAACUUUUUUUUUGCUGUUAAACAUGUACAAGGGAAAAAUUAAGUCUUUAUAGAUCAUGUACAAAAAAUAUGAAAAAAUGAAGCGACUGAAUCUUCAGCAUGCUCCUCAUGUAAACUUGUGUUAUGUUAAUUGUGCCAUGUUAUUAAAAAAUGUGUACUAAA